AUGGCCCGUUCCACUGUCUCACAACACAGGUGGGCUGAGGAGCAGCAGAAAUCGUGGUACCAAAGUACCUAUCGUUCUGUCGCGGCAGCGCAGGCAGGCCGGAAUCUAGAACCUGGCCCACGUGCACAUUCCGGACCGUCCAUCCCAGGGCAACCCCCCAUCAACCUGUCCGCUGCAGUGCACGGUGGCGGCCACUCGCGAUGGAAGGAAAGGAGAAGGACGACUCAUAAACACACAUGUCCAGAAUUCACUACCACCAGCCUUAUCAGGAAGCACGUACGAGAUCCCGAUUUUAUGAAACUGCGAUUGGAUGGGUUGGGCGCCCCCAUCGGUAGCCGAAAAGGUUAUGUUGCCCCGCAAAAGAUCUCACCGUACUGA